UUUGUCUUGGUUUAUAUAUAUAUAUAAACUAUGUUGAAGCUUCAAAUCCAAUCUCCAUCUUCCUUUGAAGUGUCACCAAAUUGCAAUCCAAGUCAGAAUCUUGAUCCCAAUAUAGUUUUCUAGUAAUUACGUAGGAUUUGAUUCAUGGGAGAAGACACUAAAACCAAAGUAAAGGAAAGCCAACAAGAAGGGAGGCAAGAGAUGUGGAGAAGCAUAGAAAUUGUUGGGAGUGUGGAGAAGUGGGCGUUGACGGUGGUGGUUGGUGACGAACUUAACUUCAUUCCUCCAUUGAACUUUGCUAUGGUUGACAAUGGCGUCUUCAGAUCGGGUUUUCCUCACUCUGCCAAUUUCUCUUUUCUCCAAACACUUAACCUCCGCUCCAUCAUAUAUCUGUGUCCUGAGCCAUAUCCAGAAGCCAACACUGAGUUUUUAAAGUCCAAUGAAAUCAGGCUUUUUCAGUUUGGAAUUGAAGGUUAUAAGGAGCCAUUUGUAAAUAUCCCAGACGAUACAAUUCGUGAAGCUCUGAAUGUGGUCCUUGAUGUAAGGAAUCACCCAGUUCUGAUCCAUUGCAAUCGAGGGAAGCAUCGAACUGGGUGUGUGGUUGGAUGCUUGAGGAAAUUGCAAAGAUGGUGUUUGUCAUCUGUUCUCGAUGAAUACCAGAGGUUUGCGGCUGCAAAAGCUAGGGUUUCAGAUCAGAGGUUUAUGGAAUUGUUUGAUGUUUCUAGCGUGCCCAUCUCAUUUUCUUGCUCCAACAAGUACAAUUACAUCAACAAAAGUCAAAUGGAAAGAUUUUUGAAGAUGUCUUCUGUUUCGUGCAAACUGCUCUCAGGCGCCUAAUGCUCAGGCCUCCUUUCUUUAUUGAGGUCACGCCGUCACGGAUGUAUUUUUGGUCUUAUAUUGUUUAUCAUGUCAUAAGGAUGUGUUUGGUUUAA